UCAAGUUUCAGUGCGGAAAGGCGGUGCUUCCUAGGUAGGAGGAACUUGAGCCGCUUGGGCUUGCUUAGUUUCAGAACGCCCAUCUGUGGCGCAGUUCGUCUCGAUACCCCCCCGGGACUGUCUGCAGUAUUUAAACAUCGUAGAAAAGAUGACGCUCUCAAUAUUGACAAGCAAGGGUGGGCGGAUACUGUCUGCGUCUAGGCUCCUGCACACCACAGCUUUUGCAAGCAUGCCCAUUAAGGUUGGAGAAAAGUUACCUGCAAUUAAAGUAUGUGAAGGGGACCCCGGUACUGAGGUUUGCAUGGCAGAAUUGUUUAAGGGUAAAAAAGGGAUCCUUUUUGCUGUUCCAGGAGCCUUCACUCCUGGGUGCUCAAAGACUCACCUCCCAGGAUUUGUGGAGAAGGCUUCUGAACUCCAGGCUAAAGGCAUUCAAGAAAUUGCCUGCGUCUCUGUCAAUGAUGUGUUUGUAAUGUCUGCUUGGGGCAAAGAGCAUGGUGCAGAUGGAAAGGUGAGAAUGCUGGCUGAUGCAACUGGAGCAUUCACCAAGGCGGUAGACCUGAUGUUAGACAAUGAACAUCUCUUACAAGUUUUAGGGAAUAAGAGAUCUCAACGGUAUGCAAUGCUUGUGGAAGAUGGUGUCAUCAAAAAGCUAAACGUUGAGCCAGAUGGCACUGGCCUUACAUGCAGUUUGGCCAGUAACAUUCUAUCACUGGUAUAACCUGGCUAUGGCGAUUUGUUUAUUUUUACAUUUGAUCAUAAAUCUGUUUU